AAAACCUGGCUUUGAUAUUACUGUCACUUGCUUAAAAAAGAUUCAGGCGAUUUCCAGCAGGCAAAAUAAUACUACUAAGAUUCAGGAGUACUAAGAUUUGAUAAAAUAUACUACUAAGAUUCAGGAGUAGUAAUUAAGUUUCUAAAAUUGGUUUGCCGAUGAAAAGUAAUAAACCCUAAGCUUCCUCAGUUCCGGUCCAAUUUUGCAGUAGAUAUUUUUACAACAGCCAUUCCCCAACUUCCACCGCAAAAUGUUUUAACUGAUCGAUCACGUCACGGGUGUAAGAAAGCACUGUGUUUUUAUGCAACACUGUCACUGAGAGAGAAAAGGAAAGAAGAUAUAAAGUCCCAAGAAAAAAAAAAUUAAUUCACCUUUUUUCAGGUUCGUUCAACUUUUAUUAUAAUUAGCUGCUACUUGGGAUUGCAAGGGUCGGUGGGAAGUAGAAGAUCAUUUUACCAUUUGAGUGAAGCUCAACAUAAAAGAGGGAUUUUUUUGUUUUUUUGGGUGGUUUUGAUGGGCUUAUUGGAAUUUGAAUCACUACCUAAUGCUGCUGGUAGUGGAAAAGGUUGUAUUUCAUGGGGAUUUAGAAGUUUGAUUAGGAGAAAACAGGUUGAUUCAGCUCAUGUUAAAAAAUAUGGAAAACAUCCACAGUUGGCUAAGGAAUUAUCUAUCCUUGAGCUCAUUGCCAUUGGUGUUGGAUCAACCAUUGGAGCUGGUGUUUAUGUUCUUGUUGGAACAGUUGCUAGAGAGCAUUGUGGACCUGCUCUAACCAUAUCUUUCUUCAUAGCUGGAAUUGCUGCUGCUCUAUCAGCAUUCUGUUAUGCAGAGCUUGCUUGUCGCUGUCCGUCUGCUGGGAGUGCGUAUCAUUAUUCGUACAUUUGUGUUGGAGAAGGCGUUGCUUGGCUUAUUGGUUGGGCACUCAUCCUUGAAUAUACAAUUGGUGGUUCAGCUGUUGCUCGUGGCAUAUCCCCAAAUCUGGCUUUAUUUUUUGGAGGGGAGGGCAAUCUACCUGUCUUCUUAGCUCGUACAUACUUUCCUGGACUUGAUGUUGUAGUUGAUCCAUGUGCCGCACUUCUAGUUUUUGUCGUCACUGGGCUCUUGUGCAUGGGAAUCAAGGAGAGCUCGUUUGCGCAAGGUAUUGUCACUACGGCGAAUAUCUGUGUCAUGUUUUUUGUAGUACUUGCUGGUGGCUAUCUUGGUUUUAAAACUGGAUGGGCUGGAUAUCAACUUCCUACAGGGUAUUUUCCGUUUGGAGUGGAUGGAAUGCUUGCUGGGUCUGCAACAGUUUUCUUUGCAUACAUAGGGUUCGAUUCGGUUUCUUGCACUGCUGAGGAGGUCAAGAACCCUCAACGUGAUUUGCCGUUGGGUAUAGGGAUGUCCCUAUCCAUAUGUUGCAUGUUGUAUAUGCUUGUGUCUGUUGUUAUUGUUGGCCUGGUACCAUACUAUGCAAUGGAUCCUGAUACCCCUAUUUCAUCUGCAUUUGCCGGCCAAGGCAUGCAAUGGGCAGUAUACAUAAUCACGACUGGAGCAGUCACUGCGCUCUGCUCAAACUUGAUGGGAUCUCUUCUUCCGCAGCCUCGAAUCUUGAUGCUUAUGGCUAGAGACGGUUUGCUCCCUUCUUUUUUUUCGGACGUCAACAAACACACCCAAGUUCCUGUAAAGAGCACAAUAGUUACUGGGAUAUGUGCUGCACUAUUGUCGUUCUUUAUGGAUGUUUCUCAAUUAGCAGGGAUGGUCAGUGUGGGAACUCUUCUCGCGUUCACUAUUGUUGCUAUCUCUAUUUUGAUUUUAAGAUAUGUUCCACCAGAUGAAGUGCCUCUAUCAUCGUCAGAUCAUGAAACAUUUGAUUCAGUUUCAACACAGUACAGUUAUACUACUCCAGAAAUUGAUGGAAGUAACACUAAGGAUCCGAUAGUUUCUACUAAGAAUAACAAAUGUUUCCAACCUGAAGCUGAAACAUCUAUUGGCUAUCCUCUUAUAGUAAAAGACAUAGAUUCUGGUCAUGAUAAAUUGAAUGAACAAAAGAGACGACGAGUUGCAGCUUGGAACAUAGCCUUUGUUUGCGUAGGAGUGUUUCUGGUCACCUCUGCAGCUUCUUCAGCUGAAAACUUGCCCGGAACUGCUCGCUACCUGUUGUGCGGAAUUGGUGUCUCUCUUCUUUUGUGUGGUCUAAUUGUGCUAUCGUGGAUUGAUCAAGAUAAUGCGAGACACAGCUUUGGACACAUUGGAGGUUUCACUUGCCCUUUCGUUCCUCUCCUACCAAUUGCAAGCAUUCUUAUAAAUGUCUACUUACUGAUCAAUCUCGGAAUUGGCACGUGGAUUCGUGUUUCUGUGUGGUUGAUACUCGGUGUCUUCGUUUAUUUAUGUUAUGGGCGAACCCAUAGUUUGCUGCACAAAGCAGUGUAUGUGCCAAAAGAACAAGCCGAAGAGAUCUGUCAGAGAUCAGGGUAUCUCACUUAAGAGAAACACCAGAUCAUCAUUGACUCUACAACUCAGACAUCCAGAUUCAUCAUCAAUUUUCGUGUUUCCCACACAGAUCAUGGAACCUCAUGCAUUUGUAUUCGUGGCGUUUUCUGGACUGCUUGCAGUGAUGUACAUUUUUCUUCUGUAUCUGCUUAUAACAGCAACUAUUCUUUAGCAGGGUUGAACUCAUGGUAUUUCAUGUAUAUACCUAUUGAGAUUUGAGACUCGGGACAGGUUCACCAGCAGUUCCCACUGAAUUUAAAAAGAAGAUGUAAAUACUUUUACAAGUUCUAUUUUGCAGACGAACUAAAGAAAUAAAAAUAACCAUUUUAA